AUUUGCUUUCAAGGUCGUAAUUGCUUUCCAAUGGUGAUACUCCGCGGACAUGUGAAACAUGUCAAAUGGAACGCAUUGUGGAAUACUCUGAGAAUUUAUCUACAAAUACAGACUCAGAUGUAAGGUUUGAUGAAGAAGCUUCACAAUGCAGUGAAUUGGAGAACUUUAGUACUUUAAUUUUACCUAUGUCAAAUACCUUCCAGUGUGAUCCUGAAGUGGAAGCACUCCAUGAAAAAGUUCACUGGAUAGUAUUGUCCUCACUGUUCUGCAUUCUAGGUUAUAAGACUGAGAAAAGAGUUAUCGGGUGUUGUCUGUCAAUCCGAAUAUUCUGAAGCAGUGCGUGCAAAUGCUGAAUUGCAUGCAUCGGUGAUGAAAGUUCAGUUAUUGAGGCAAUUUAAAUGGCACAUAUCAUUUUUACUUACAAUCUCCGCUGCUUUGCAUGACCAGGAGAACACUAGUCUACUAGAAGAUUCAAGGGUAAACAGUUCAGGCGAAGGUGUAAAUCUACUCAGUGAGAGUUCAUUUCAAGCUGGGAGAAUACAAAAUGAUAUUCAGAAACUUUCUCAUGAGAUAAUAGCUGCAUUAAGAGACAAGAAUAUUCAGCUGAAAAAUCUCUCCAUCGAGAAAACUAUACUCCAAAAUUUGUACGAUGAACUGCUUCAAAGGCAUGAAUGUUUAAAGAAACAGCAUGAAGGAACUCUAAGUGUUAUUGAAACACAGAAGGGAAGACUGUCAGCUCUUGAUAGUCUAAAUAAGGAUUUGACUGAAGAAAAUAGAAAUGUAUCUACCAAACUAUUGAAUACGGAAAAUCUGUUAAACAGAUUAAAAAUUCAAAAUUAUUCACUUAGACAAGAAAUUAAAACAAGCAUUCAAAGCCACAUGAGUACAAUUCUUACUCGACACAUGGAUCAGAUUAAGCUACAUUUUUUUCAAACAAAUCAAAAAAUCGAUGCACAGUUACAUCAACUCUGCGCAUUAAAACAAUAUCUUAAUGAGAAUAAAUCAAAACUAAAAAUUGGCUUAUACAACGAUACUAAUGGUCGAAAGCAUACAUUUUGUCAAACAGACCCAGAAUUAAUCAAACCCAGUUCAAUGAAUCCAAAACAAAAUCAGUUCACUCACAAACACCAUCAUCAUCAGGCUGUUGCAGAUCAAAAAUCGAUUAUGCAUAAACUUCAUUCAAUUAUCAAAAUGCUAAAACAAAUUAAUUCGAUGAAUACUAAUUCAAUUGACAAAGAUAAUUCCAUAUAUAAAUCAAUAGAUAAAGCAUUCAACAUUCAACAGAAUAUAGAUACAUUAGAACAAACUGAGCAACUAUUGAACAUGAUCAAUAGUCAUUCAAAUCAGUUCAUGUCAACUGGUAAUAAAUCAAUGAUAUAUGACAAUCAAAAAGUACCGGCAUCUUCAUCAUUGCACAAAUGUAUUGGGAAGAGAUUUUAUAAUUUGAAAACAUUGCGUAAUCAAUUAACAAAGCAAGCAAUGAUGCCUUCAAAAAAAUGCAGGACGAAGACAAAAGCUAAUAACACUGACUACAAGGACAGAGAUGGUGAAAAUGGAAGACACAAGAUGAUAGAGAAAUCCUCAGCACAAUCCUUAACAAGUAAAUUAAAUGAGAAGCACGCGUCAAACAGGAUUACUGAUGGGAGUGUCGUAAAUAAUGGUGACAGUAGCAGGGGUCAUGGUGGUGUUGAUACCGAUGAUGAUGGAGACGGAGAUAAAAGUUUAUCUGUUGAAAGUAGACCGAACUCUGGUAAACAGAAUCUAUCUAAUAAUGGAAAAACAAACAGUAAUAAUACAAAUGAAAUGACGAGUGAACACAAAUCUGAUGAAUUGUUUUCACUAGUUAAAGAAUAUUCUAAUCACAGUGAACAAGCAAUUUUAAGUUCAAAUAUUUCAAUUACUAAAAAUUUAACCACAAAUAACAGUGAACGUGAAGCGGACGCGAUAACUAAUUCUUUAAAUGCGAACAAGCCCUCGCCAGUUAUACAGCCUAUCUCAAACAUGACGAAAGAUGAGAAAUUUAAUGAAAUGUCUGCACAAGGUGAUGAUCAGCGGACAAGCGCACCAUGUAUUGUAAAAGAUUCUGAUAUUUGUUUAGUGACAAGUGAAUUAUUUAGUCAGUCUCUAUCAGUUUUAGAAGGUUUCAAUGUACCUUUGGAAAGAAAUUGUAAUAAUUAUAGAAAAAUAACUGAUUCGUCUGCAACAUUUCUUAUCGAUCCGCUGAAAUCAGAUAUUAAAUGUCAAAACAAUGUGUAUGCGUACUGCGCAGAUUACGUAACAAGCAAACCUUUAUGUGAUAACGAUAUUUCAUUGGAUCACUUAUCAUCUACCUCUAAGAUAGUAUCUUCAAUAGACAUUCCAUGUCAGCACAGGCAAGACAAUAGUGAAUCGAAUUUAUCAUAUGAUAUCGCUGAAGCCUAUUCAACAGUAACCUGUCAGCUGGUGGUUGAUGAGGAAAAGAAAAACGCUUCAGUGGCAGUAGUAGUAGUCGGAACUGAAGGGGGAGAAGAAAAAGAAGAAGAGAAGUCUGGAGAAAGAGUGGAAGGAGACAUUUUCCAGAUAAAUAACCCUCUAAUAGUGGAUAGAACAAACCAGCUAGCUGAGAUGAAUUCAAUCGAAACGUAUACAAAUGAUACAAUAGCUUCUGUUCGAAAUAAAUUAUCAGAUGAAAGAAAUGCAAGGAAUAUUUAUCAAUACGCAUCCAGUGAAAUUAAUCGCGUUUUAGUGAAUAUCAUUGAGAGAGUAAAACAGAAUGGUGAUUCAUUGACACCUGAAUGUAUAGAUGUGGUAAGUGAGGUUGUUUAA